CAACAACAUGGUCAAGACUUGAAGAGCUCGACCCGUUGACGUUUGCGGACUUCCAAUGGAUGCCCCUUCCCCGGUCCGGUCGAUUGCCGAAACCGCAUUGCAACGUGCUCAUGGCACAAUUGCGGGAUUACUUGCACACUGCAGCACCAACUCCGUUGAUGGACGCCAAAGUAGAGGUUGUCGACCUUCACAAUUACAUUGCGAAGAUCGACCGCGAGUUCAAGACACAUGGGUACGACGACAUCGACGCACCAUUGUUAUAUGUACGCAUUCAGAUCGGAGAGGCGACCUGCAGCACUUUGAUCGAUUGCGAAGCAUCUCGCAACUACAUGAGCCAGGACUUUAUGGUUCCCGUCGGCGUUGGCCCACGCAUCCGGAGGAAGUCCCAGCUUACGCAAGUCACGUUGGCAGACGGUCACACGCACAAGUCAAUCGACCGGUGCAUAGAUGACGUCCCCGUGUACUUUGCCCCGCAUGCAGGUGAGGUGGUGUCCUUCGAUAUUUUGGACACCAAAUUCGACAUGAUCUUGGGCAUGUCAUGGCUGCGAAGCGAGGAUCACCCGGUGAACUUCUACCGCUGCACCAUUCACGUUCGUGAUCGGAACGGAGUACUACUCCCAUGCACGGUGCCUCCUCCUCACCCUUUGAUCAGCUGCCACAUGGUGUUCGCCGCAAGCAUGCGAGCUUCCAUCAUCAGAGACGACAUCGAGGAGAUGGGGAUGUGUUUUCUCUACGCCCUCCCGCCCCAUGACGCUUCAUCGACGGACUCGUCUUCGGACCUACGCAUCACUGAGCUUCUCGACGCCUACGGUGACGUGUUUGAAGUCGAAGUUUGGACGAGCAUGUGGAGCACCUGUGUUUUGGAGCGGCUACGACAAGCCAAGUACAAAGCCAACUGCGACAAAUGUGAAUUCGCGCGGCAGGAGCUGGAGUACUUGGGACAUUAUGUGACGCCGCAAGGCAUCCGUCCGCUUGCGGAAAAGAUCGAGGCCAUCCGCACUCGCCUUCUCGGGGAGUACCAUGACGCGGGACUCGCCGGCCAUUCCGGAGUCAACCACACUAUUGCCCGACUUCGACAACGAUUCCGAUGGCCCGACCUCAUUACCGAUGUCACUCGGUAUUGCGACUCUUGCGAAGUUUGCCGACAAAGCAAGCCCCGCAAUCACAACCCCUACGGGGAGUUGCACCCGAUGCCUAUCCCACGGGAACCUGGCCUCUACAUUGCCAUGGAUGUCACCGGACCAUUUCCCUGCGAUCGCCUCGGGCACGACGGCAUCCUCACGGUCGUCGACCGUUUGAGUAAGUACGCGCGUUUUCUCCCUUGCAAGUACUACUCCACGGCUCCCGAGCUGGCACGCCUCUUGCACACCGGCUGGAUUUGCGGCCACGGUGUACCGGAAGACAGUGUCAGCGACCGCGACACUCGCUUCAUGUCGGCAUUUUGGACUGCUCUCAUGCAGGAGUCCGACACGAAGAUGAAACCAAGUUCGGCUCGGCAUCCACAGACGAACGGGCAAACGGAACGGGCACAUCAAACCGCUCAAAUGAUGCUUCGUACGCUCAUCCGUCCGGACCAGAAAGAUUGGGUUGACCGCCUCCCCGACAUCGAGUUCGCCUACAACACUUCGGUGCACCCGGCGAUCGGCGUGACUCCAUUCGAGUUGCACCACGGUGGACGGAAAGGCCGUAUCUUCGCCGACCUUCUCCUCCCACGACCAGCUGACAUCGACGUCGCUUGCUCUCCCGCUUCCGUCCGGAAGUACAGGGAAGUGCUGGCUCAAGCCCGUGCAAACAUGCAAAAGGCUCAAGUCCGCAUGCAGCAGCAAGCCAACAGGCACCGCGUGCCAUGUCCUGUCCGCGCCGACGAUCUGGUUUGGGUCUCCGCGGAAGAGUUUGCACUGGAACAGGAUGUUUCACACAAACUGCUUCCCAAGUGGUUUGGACCAUGGCCCGUAACAUCAGCCGCGGACGAUGAGCCCAAUGGCCCUUCAUUUGUGAUCAACAUCCCCCCGCAUCUGAAGGUCCAUCCAGUCUUUCAUGUCUCGAAGUUGGCGACAUACACACCAGCUAAGAGCGACGACUUCCCGGGCAAACGAUCGCAGGACCCUCCUAUGGAUGGUCAUCAGGAAGUUGACCGCGUCAUCACCGAUCGCAAGUACGGCAGCAAGCCUCGACAGACCAAGGUCACAUUCAAAUCAUGCGAUCGCGACGACACUCGGUGGAUUUCAGGAGCAGAUUUGAAAGCAUCCGCACCGCUGAUCUACGCUCAUUACGAGAAGCAAAGGUUAGCUCAGGGAACUUCACGACCUGCCCCUCCCACCCGGACUGUGGUCCCUCCCUCAGAUAGACAGCUUCGCCCUCGCAGGUAAGCUCGGUCUUUCAAGGAGGGGGGAGUGUGGCAUAUUGUGUAGCCACACCGGCCUGCAGGGCCCGUUCCGCAUUCUCAGACUAAAAGCCUAGAAAUAAUGACUUACAGGCCCCAUGUCGUUUCAGCCUGGAAACUGAAAACGAGGGUCUGCAAGCCCUAUUUCCUUUUCAGCCUAUAACAGGGCCGUUCAGGCCUUGAGUCUUUCAAGCCUGAAACGGAGGGCCACUUUCGGGCCCUCAUAAGAUCGUCCUGCCCUAGAACUCAGGCAACAAACCAGGGUUUUGGGA